GCAGAACAUAGAUCGAACAGUGCUUCGAAACUAUCUUAUCAGUCGAACGAUGCAAACUCGGAUGACAGCUCCACUCGGGCAGGUUCAGCCUGCCCAGAAUGCCAACACAACGUCAAGAAUACCUCAGCUUGCGUGAUCAUCUAUGCAGCAGGCAUUCUCUCUGAGCGAUCCUGCGGCCAAACUUGGCUGAUAAAAGCCAGCGAGGGGAAGCAGGCCCCUCAGAGACACUCCGCCUCUUCACCCCAUCAUCCUCCGAAAUGAAGUUCUCUGCUCUCCUCGCCCUCACUUUCGCUGCCGUGGCUAUCGCUAGCCCCCUGGUGAGUGAUCCUGCCAGCCAAGCUUUUCCACUGAGAGGAUAUCUAAUUAUUUUGGCAGCCGCGUCCGGUCGAGUCGCUUGACGGCAAGAAUGACGGAUGGACGAUCGGUAGCAAGCCGGCUCAGUCUCGUCAGGUCGAGCCGCUUGAGAGCAAGAACGACGGAUGGACCAUCGGUGGCAAGCCUGCCCGCUCUGUUCAGUCUCGUCAGGCCGAACCUCUCGAAAGCAAGAACGACAAAUGGUCCAUCGGUGGCACGCCUGCCCAGUCUCGUCAGGUCGAGCCGCUUGAUAAUAAGAAUGACGGUUGGACGAUCGGAAAACCUGCUCAGUCUCGUCAGGUCGAACCGCUCGAGAGCAAGAACGACGGAUGGACCAUCGGUGGCAAGCCUGCUCGCUCUGUUCAGUCUCGUCAGGUCGAGCCGCUUGAGAGCAAGAACGACGGAUGGACCAUCGGUGGCAAGCCUGCCCAGGCCCGUUCAGUCGAGCCCCUCGACUCGACCAACACGAAGUGGACCAUUGGGCAGAAACAGCAGCGCCAGGCCGAGCCGCUUGAAAGCAAGAACGACUCGUGGACCAUCGGACACGUGAACAACGCGCGAACUGUGACCGACGUCGGCCAUGCUGCCCGCUCCACAUCCGUUGCUCGUGCUCCCACUGUUGACACUGGAAACCACAACUGGGUAUUUGACCACGGGAAAUUCACCCCAGCCCCCCAGUAAAUGUCCUAUCAUCUGUAGUUUUACAACACGUCUGCGAUGUAUGAACUCACGGAUGCAUGAAUUUGAUUGGGCCUUGCGCCCACGUGUAAAUGAAA